AUGGACCCCUCGCAAGCGGCCUCGAGCCAUGUGACCGUGGAAUACACGGAUCCAUCUGGCCUCUUCCCUCAAAUUCAAUCCAUUAUCGAAUCGAAACUCCCCCUGAAGAACCUCCACUGGAAAUCACCAACCCGCCCCGUUCGGUCAAUCGAAUCGCUCCGCAUCGGCUUUGUUUCAGCGCAAACUGAGAGUGCUGAACGCAAACCAUCUAGCGAUGGCCCUGGCACAGUUGCACACAGGCGCCAUCAGAUCCCCGGCUUGCGACAAACUCCAUACCUGAAGGUCUUCCUCCUCCGCUGUGACGAUAACGACACCUACAAAGCUACGGCGCGCAAAACUUUACGCGAAUGGAUCAAGGCCCAAGGAGCGUCGAGCACUUCACAAUCGACUGGAACUGCUGGUAGCAGUCAAGAGAAGCACGAUGCCUUUGAGUGGCUUAUUCUACAUGUGGUUCAGGACGGGGAUGGUGCGGAGAAGGCACCCACGCCCACGUCGAAAUGGGGCCGGGGUACAACUACUAUUCUAGAGAAAGUCAAAGCCGACUUCAAUGGGUCUUCUAAAACUGCUGUGGACCGUGUGGCACAGCUGCGGCUGCCCAAGGCUGGGAUCAAAUCCCCUGAAUUGACUGAGCAGCUGGAAGACUUGAUUGACAAGAUGAAGAAUGGAAUUUUAGCUUCCUUCGAUCUGCGUGUGGCUCAGUAUGAAGAGGAUAUCAAGGAAAAGGAUUCCCAGCGCAGUCUUCCUGGGUGGAAUUUUUGCACCUUCUUUAUACUCAAAGAGGGUCUCGCGCGUGGUUUCGAGAAUGUUGGUCUCUUCGAUGAUGCGCUGGUUGGGUAUGAUGAGCUAUCUGCCGGCUUGGAUGCGGCCAUUCGAGAUCAGGUCGAAGGAAAUGGUGGUCAGCAUGGUGGUGAACUCCUGACUUCCAGCAGUAUCCUGAUUGAAGAAGCCAAAAAGGCACUGGAGGCUGGACCUGCCGCCGGGGACAAUGAGGAGACUGAUCCCUCUCAACUGCAGAUUCGACCAGAAGAUUACCCACUCAUUUCCACCAAAAUGCCGUAUCGAGAAAUGAUCCUGGGAAGCAACAUUUCUAUCUUCAAUUUCCGUACCUAUCUCUUCUCGCGGCAACUGGCUUUACUUCUACGAGCUGCAAGAGCUCCAUCGCUCCUUGGAAAUGAAACAGCCACCCGUGAUAAGAAGCCGGAAAAUCUCAUGCUGCUUUCAGAGAUCUGUGAAAGGUCCACGGAGUUCAUCAGUCUCGCCGCACGAACACUUCGUUAUGAUCUCGAGGCUGGACUGGAGGAUGUUAAAAACGACGCCAAGGCAAACUUCAUUGAUAAUGCUGUAUCCUCGUGGGCCUAUUCGGCGGCCUUGCAAAUUUUGGAUCAGACGUUCACUACCAGUCUUAUGAUUCCUGAAUCCUCCCUUCAUGCGGUGGCACAGGUUGCCGAUGCCUCGAACUCUGGUGCACCAACGACAGAAAGCCGCGCUGAGGCACCUCGCCGGACUAGCUCACUAGCAUCAGGUUCCUCUCGUCCGGGUCGUCCGAUGACACAGGAUAUGUCUGAUGUAAGCUCGCUUCAGCGCAGAAUGACUUUGGAACAUCCAAAGCAAGUUCCCGUUAUCACUCAGAAGACCGGCUCUGAACAGCUGGCAUCUGGGAGGGGUGCGCUGUUUUUGUUCGCGCGGAGAUCUCUCGAGGAGAUUGCACGUCGACGUGGCUGGUCGAAGAAAUGGACCGACCUGGGCCUCCUCUUUGAUGAUAGCCAUCGUUCUGGGGCAGGUGGUCUAUCGAAUGUCUCCUUGGAUGAUGAGAGUGAAUCUAAGCCACAAGAUGAUACAGAGACAAAGCAGUCCUCUCUGGUUGGAAUUGAGCUUCCUACGCUUAAGGCUGCAUUGAAAUCAAGAGAUACAUUCUGGUCGCUCUACGAGAACCUCACCGACCGCAUUAUAUGCCACAACAUGGCAGCAAGCCGUGCUAACUCUGCUGAACUUGCGCUCGCCGACAUUGCCAUUUUGCGGUUCCGCCAGGCGGAUUACGAGACAGCUGCUUCAUACUUCCAUCAGAUGGCUCCAUUUUACGGCAGUAGAAAUUGGACGGUUCUUGAGGGUAGCAUGCUCGAGCUUUAUGCCCGGUGCUUGAGAGAACUGAAACGCCAUGAAGAUUAUGUUCGUAUGGUGCUGAAGUUGCUUUCCAAGUUUGCUUCAUAUUCACAAUCCCAGCUGUCAGAUAGACAGAGAGCCCUGUCCAGGCCAACUUCAAUGCUAGAACAGGAACAGCUUUCUGGGUAUGUUUCUGAUCUUUUCCAGGGUCUGGGUUGUCUACAGAAGGACGUUACGACAUCUUUGGUUGAUUUCUUUGCGGAUUUCCAAGUAGACCCUGCCAUCCGGCUUUAUGAUGACAAGGAUGGAUUUCAAAUUCAAAUGGAGUUACGCUUUUUACUGGGUCCGCAAAUCGAAAUCGAUUCGAUCAAGGUCAGGCUCGUCAGCGCCAGCCCCUCUCAAAGUGUGGAGCAUUGGAUUGAAGGAUCUACCAAAGUUGUGAUCAAGUCGACGAAGACGAAAAUCCUUAUUGAUUCUCCGACUACUCUCCAAGGCAAAUAUGUCGUGGAUCGCCUAGAGAUGAAAUCUGGAAAUCUUGUUUUCGCAUUCAACAGUAACCAACAUUCAUAUCUGCCAGUUGGAUUCCGGGAGACCGAUGAUGCAGAUAGCACCGAUCACCGCCCAUACAUAUAUUGCUACCCUCCGCCAAAUGGUCUGCAGGCCAAGGUUGUGUCACCACACUUGAUCAAUCUAGAGGCCAUGCGCACGCUGGAGCUGGAACUCUCCAGUGGGCGAAACGAUAUCAAGAGCGGCGCUGUUCGUGUGCGACCGGCCACUGCAGGGCUUCGUCUUCGGAUCGCGGAGGCAGAGGUUGUGGAAGGCGAACUAGAAGUCGUGGCCAACAAUGACUCGGGAACUAUAGAGUUUACACACUUGCCAACCCGAUCGUUUGUGCGACUACGGAUCCCUUACACCGUGGAAGAAGCUUUCACAACACUUUCCGCACGGGCAGAAGUCACGUAUGAGACAGAAAGGGGCCGAUUCGCUUCUUCGACCAUGCAUAACAUUGUUGCCACGCUCCCUAUAUCGGUCAACGUGCAGGACAUUUUCAAGGAUGAAAUCCUCUUUUCACGUUUCACAGUCAGCCCCGCCAUGUUGAUCCCUCUCCGAAUUACCAAUUGCAGCCUGCCCAGCUCAGAGGCCUAUGACGUGCAAUCUAGUAUCACGGGCCCCGUCGCUCUGGAUGUCUUCCCUAAGCAACCCGCGUCCCUUCUAUACAAGAUACGUCCGUUGGGGAGCACGGCCACGUCGAUUGAUGCCCCUGCUUCAGGGAAACGGAGUCUCCGCCUACGUGUUGACUUUACAUGCGUGGAUGAUGAGUGCUUUGAUGCCAUUGAAAAGCUUUUCUUGACCGCAAUUGAAUCCAGCCCUUAUAGUCAAUAUGCAUCACUACUUGCCUCACAUCUUAUCGGCGGUUUCCGGGCUCAACUCUCUACUUCAGACAUGGAAGUGAUUGGGCUUGUAAGAGAACUGGAGAUGCUUCCAUAUCGGGCUGUCCGCUGGGAUGAUUUGUUGGACGGGCUUAAGGAACGCACGGAAGAAGUGCGCCAGUGGCUGAUGGCGUGGCACGAGAGCAACUCUAUCAUUCGACUUCCAUCUCAACCUACCAUCCCCACCCGCUGUAUUAUCAUCCCUGUGGAGAUUCCCGAAAUCCAAGUGGUCCACACGGCUGAGCUGCAGCUCCAAACAGGGCUGGAUGUGUCCUCUGACUCUUCCCACGCGGCCGUUGGCCAGAUGAUUCCAGCUGAGCUGACCCUUCGCCAUACCCGCCGUUGGUGCUCCCCAACAAACCAGGAGCAUUCAGGACAACCUUUAGAAUGUUCCUACGAGAUCCACGCCAACCCCGAGCUUUGGCUCCUCGGAGGUCGUCGACGCGGAAACUUCCUAGCACGUGAGGGCGAAACUACCCGCUUUACCAUUCUUCUCCUCCCCCAGAAACCCGGUCAUCUUCUCCUGCCUGGCCUGGAGAUCCGAACAUUUGCCCCAUCGCAGCUGCAGGCCCCCUCACCAGCCAAGACGGAUUCCGCCACGGGAGCCCCCGCAGGGGCUAACCAGCGACACCCGAUUCCUUGUGAAGUGGAUUAUCACAACCACGGGGAGACGGUCCUAGUGCUGCCAGAUCUGCGCAAGACCACGGUCAGCCUCAGCGCCUCGGGCAGUCCCGGUGGGGCGUCCUGGCUGGUGGAUUCGGAGCGACGAGCAGCAGUGCACUAA